AUGGAUUCCUCUGCUCAGCCUAAUGGAGAUGACAAUACCACUCAAACCCCGCCUGGGUCAAUCACCAGCCCUGUCCCCCACCAAGCUUCGGCCUCAGUGAGCGUUGCUGGUGGCAUGAACGAGAUGAAUCCGUCAACAAGUUCAAAUGAUCACUCUAUCGUCCCCCUCAUCAUCUGCUCUAUGCUGACUGAUGACACCCGGCCCCGGGUUCAUGAGCAGUCCAUCUGGACAGAGUACCAAAUUGGAGAAAACGACUGGGUCAUUCUCAAAAAUAGUCUUGCCACAAUCUAUCGGACACCUCGAUUCGACUACUUCUCCCAAACCCAUACAUUUGCUUACCAAAUUCUCUCUGAUGCUCACGAGCACUACCUAUUCGGCCUCUCCAUAGCCUUGCGAAACAAGCUAUUCCGUCUGGGCUCUUCCAGGAGGGAACACGCAUUUAUGCAUAACAUGCUUUUUUAUAACCGGGGCGGGGCGAAGCCACUAGACAGCAACAGUGGGAUGCACCAAAUGGACGGCUUUCUCAGAAAUGACGACUUACCCUCCUAUGGUGUCGGCGUGGAGAUUGCCUUUUCGCAGAAGCGUGCGAGGCUCCAAGAGCUGGCUGAGUUCCAUCUUCUGCAAAGUGAGCAAAGCGUACAAUGGCUGCUUGUGAUCGACUUCGACCAUCCCCGAUCCAAGAAGGUCAGUCUCCUUACGUGGAAGCUCUGCAAUUGUGAUGUUUCUGGCGCCAGAGAGCUGGAAGUUCACGAUCAAGUUAUUCGCGACGAGAACGGUGCCCUCAUCCCCGGUGACCCACUGGAAAUCUCCCUCUUGGAUAUUGCCCCGUAUCAUAUCGUCCCACCGUCUCUCCGCGAGAAGACCAUCGAGUUGUCUGUGGAAGAGAUUUUCAAGAUCGUGGAUGGCAAGGAAUCAUGA